AUGGCCGCCUCAACCAAUCGAUCAUUUGAAUAUCUGGAGCAGCUGCCUGGCCUCACAUUUCAAAAGCUGUACCAGCAGCCAUCUACGGCCCUUGCGAUAUUUCGGCGCAUGCUGCCUGAACUUGCAAAAUGCCUUGUAAUGGCCUUGCUCUACAUGCGAGAGCCUCUCCCUGCUGCAGAUCUGGAGUUAUGGAUCAAAGCGGAUAGCAAAAAAGAGAGGGACCAUGCCAUAUCCAUCCUCGGACGAUUACACAUCAUGACAAACACGGUGACUUCGAACCAGGUCCGAGCGUACAUGGUGACGAACCCUUUUGCCUCAUCCCUACGACAAGCCCUCACUGGCGCAGAGAAUUCCCAGUCUUUUGGUGUGCCUUGCUCGACCCCCGACCCGAAUCCAGUCUCUGUUGCAGAUCUGGACGAAUAUGCCAGAAAGCAGUGGGAGGGCGUUCUUGGAUACAUGGUUGGGACCGGUGGACCUGGUGUCCGGGAUACUGUCAACCUCAGUCGGGGUGUUAAACAGCUUUUACAGGCUGGCCAUCUUGUCGAAAUUCACCACGGGAGAGUCGAUAUCACCCAGGAUGGGUUCGCCUUUGUGCUGCAAGAUGUCAACACCCAAGUCUGGCAAAUCAUUAUUCUCUAUGUUGAGAGUGCCAAAGCGUUGCAAGUUAAUGACGUCGAAGUGCUUUCUUUUAUAUUUCUUCUGAGUAGCCUUGAACUUGGGCAGUCUUACGAAAAGAAGCAUCUCACAACUAGCCAGCUGCGUUCUUUGACUGACCUGACGGACUUUGGGAUCGUAUACCAGCACUCGCCUGCAUCAGAAGCCGAUCGUUUUUAUCCUACCCGACUUGCAACUACGCUUACCUCAGAUUCGAGUGCCCUCAGCAAUACGAUGUCAAGCGCAUUAUCUGCGCAGACAAACGCAGCCACGGAAGAACCCGGAUCAGGGUUCAUAAUCAUUGAAACAAACUACCGCCUUUAUGCGUACACCUCGUCACCUCUACAGAUCUCUCUCAUUGCUCUAUUCACCACGCUCAAGUACCGUUUCCCGAACCUAGUUACUGGUAAAAUAACGCGACAAUCCAUCCGUCGUGCAGUGGAAAUGGGUAUCACAGCCGAUCAAAUCAUUUCCUAUCUCUCUACACACGCGCAUCCUCAGAUGCGGAAAGAAAGCGCAGUCAAAUCAACUUCAAAUACCGCUGGCUUGCCACGAUCAGUCCUUCCCCCAACGGUAGUCGAUCAGAUUCGUUUGUGGCAGCUUGAGAGAGACCGCGUCAAAGCCACUGCUGGAUUUUUAUUCAAAGAUUUUGCCUCCCUCGCCGAAUACGAAGGGCCAUGCCGAUAUGCGGAGGAAAUUGGAGUACUGGUCUGGAAGUCGGACCGCAAGCGGAUGUUUUUCGUAACUCGUUACGAACAGAUAGUCUCAUUCUUAAAAAGUAGAGCAACUUGA